UCCCGGAAGUGAGAUGUUGCUGUUGAGUCACCCCGUAACCGCGACUCGGCCGUUAACACACUGAGAUGGACGCCUCUAGCUCCAAAUAGUGACCGAUUAAAUGCGCUUUUUUAGCUGCUACGUCAUCUUAAACACCGCUGCUACGCUGUGUUAGACGGGUACUUGUCCAAAAUGAUGGAGGAAAUCGAUAGGUUUCAAGUGCCAGCGGUGAACUCGGAGAUGCAGCCGCUGGACCCAGCAGCAACAUCUACAUCAGAGGCUGACUCAGACACAAGGGAGGCAGAGUCCGUGGCUAUCAACUACAAGCCGUCCCCACUGCAAGUCAAGAUUGAGAAACAGAGAGAGCUGGCCAGAAAAGGCUCAGCAAAGAACGGAACUGUGGGCAGCCCGGUCAAUCAGCAGCCUAAGAAAAACAAUGUAAUGGCCAGAACACGGUUGGUUGUUCCUAAUAAAGGCUACUCAUCCUUAGACCAGAGCCCUGAUGAGAAGCCCCUGGUAGCACUGGAUACAGACAGUGACGAUGACUUCGACAUGUCCAGAUAUUCUUCAUCAGGAUACUCCUCAGCCGAGGUGAGAUCUCUCAGGGACCAGCAAAUCAACCAAGACCUGAACAUCCAGCUGCUGAAGGAUGGCUACCGCCUGGAUGAAAUCCCUGAUGAUGAAGAUCUAGACCUCAUCCCCCCCAAAUCAGUGAACCCCACCUGCAUGUGCUGCCAAGCCACCUCCUCUACUGCCUGUCAGAUCCAGUAGCCCCUUAUACACUCCCCAACCCCCACCCUAGCCCCCAUUUCCAAACCUCCAUUUCCAAACCCCCUCUACUAUGAGUGUAACUCACUGCUACACUUUAACCCUCAAAAUAGAAUAACUACUAAAGAAUUUAACUCGUCAGAACGGUUAUAUUAAAACUAAUAUAUAAAAGAACAUAUCGGAAGGAAAUGCACAAAGGGUACUAACAGUCAUUGGUUCCUCCUAUGGUAGGAAAUGUGAGUCUUUGUAUCACCACCAGAGGGUGUUAGGCUUAGGUGCGCAUAUGUAUAGAAUGUGUUGAGGCGAAAACAAAUGCACAGUUUAAAAAGAGUGAGAAACAUAACUGACAUAUAUUUGAACAACAUUUCACACAAAUUCUUUAGUGUUUUACGCUUGAAUCUUCACUCUUUGCCUCCGUUCCAGCUUUUUGUUUCUGUUGUCGACGUCUUAGUGCACAACAAUGUUCAGCUAGUACUGUACGAAGGGAAAACGUAGUAUUUUGUUUCUGAGUGAAAGGGAACUUACCCAGCUAAUGGAAAGUCUGAUCCAUUUUUUAAACCAAUUAAUUGAAAACAGUAUUAAUACACUGUAGCAUAUAUUAUUACAGAGCUUGAGUGAUAUUCAGACAGGGUUUAUUUUACAUGGGGAGGUGGUGGUAGUGUUAUUGCGCCACAGGAUGUCUGUAGGACGCCUGUAAUGUUUAUGAAAGGUAUAAAGGUAAAUAAAUCUCGCUAUAGAUUACAGAGCUGGGAGUGGUUACUCCAGUUACGCACUUCUUUCACUCCAAAAGAAGAGUAGAAAACAUGCCAAAACAUUUGUAGUCAUUAUUUUGUUUUCCCUAACCGCUUGUUUUGCUGUCUUAAGUAAUUGCAGCAUGUCAUCAGCUUGGGAAUUUUCAGCCCGCAAUCAGUAUUACCACACAAACAAACUUCCUUUCUUUUUAACGUUUGGUGUCAUACACUUUAGGUAGGACACCAGUCAUCUUGAUUUGAGCCACAGCGAAUACAAGGAAAUCCAUCUUCGAGUGCUACCAUACAGAAAUCAUUGAGAAUUUGUGAACGAAGUCAUUCAGAGUUGUUUGCUAUGAAAUGUUUGAUUGUAGAGAAACUUUCCAACUCAGAUUUUCUUUACAGUAGUGUGAUGAACCCUGAGUCGCCAUGUUUUUUCCAUCAUUAAUGGACUUAAAUAUGUAUAAAAUGUGCUUCAGGCCCAAAUCUUUUCAAAACGAUCAUAAAACAAUGGCUUGUGCAUCAGGCAACUUAUUUGUACCUAUUUCUUGUAAUGGCUUUUGAGGUAGCCUAUAGAGGCAUCAAACACUUCAGACGUAUCACUACUAAUCUGAACGAUUCUGAAUCAGGAAAUUUCUGCUCAUUCACAUCCACCCUGAAUGACUUUUACAUGCAAAUGAUUUAAUUCCACACAUAUACAUACAUAACACAGAAAAAUUCAGUCGGAAUCUGAUUGCAUUCUUACUAACAUGUCAAUACGCAUGGGAUUGAUAUAACCUGGAGUUUUAACUAGGGUUAAUUUUAUAGUAGGUAAAAGCCGACUGACAUGGGAACGCAGUCUGGGGGGACUAAAAAUGACUGAGAAACACCUUAAAAAAAUGACAUUACCCCACCUUCUCAUGUAAAAUAGCACUUCAAUCUGGUUUGAGACACUUAAAUUCAGCUAAAACACUUGCCACUGAGCUUGAAAAUGAACAGAAGUGAAAUCAACAAUGAGCAACUGAAAUGUACUAAUUACAAUGAAGGGAUUCGUUCGUUCACUGUUGAGGCAGUGACUGGGAUCAGAUAUGAAACUGAUGCUACAGGAGAUUUUUUGUGUUUGGUUACUUGCGUAUACCUCUGUUGACUACAUCAAAUUCUGGCGUGGAAUUAAAGCAAAGUCAAUGGACUUCGUAUCUAGUGCCGACUACAGUUGUCGGUGCAGCACUUCUGUUGUUUGUCUGUUGACAAGGUAAUAACUAGCAAAAUAUGAUGAAUAUGACUUCAUACAGCUCUGUUGGGAGGCAUUAAUAACACUGUGUACACUUUUACUGUACAGAAUGUCAUAAGUGACAUAGCUAUUGCCAUAUAUAUUGCAUAUCUUUCUAACACGGCUAAACUGUUGGGUGUUUUUUUGUUUGUUUGUUUUUUUUAUUAUUAUUUUUAUUAAAUUUGUGCCAAGAACUCCUAAUGAAAAGCGAUGCAUGUUCUCAUUGUUGCCGCAAAUGUCUUCGAUGCUCUGCAGCCAGAUCGCUAAUGGAAAUAAGGACUGAGGAAAAGUGCUGGGUUGCCAGAUCACAGUUAAUUCCCACACGAUGUUCCAUCGCUGAGAUCUUGUCUGUUAAUGUCUUUCACUGAUACUUUUGACAAAGCGCCAGCAGCACAUGCAUUUAUCCAUUUUAUCCAAAGAGCAAUGAACUGUUUGACAGUUUGACUGUGAUUUGGACCAUAACAGUGUAAAAUGUAAAAAUUAUUCAUUAGAGGAGUAAACUUAAAGUGGAAGUUUCACCCAUUUUUAAAAAUGACUGAAUGGAAACAAAUUCAAUCAAAAUAUUGUGAUGCAACAUGGAGCAGUGGUUGCCAGAGGUUGCGUGGCUUUUCUUUAUAACACCCUGCAUGUACUUCUCUGCCAUGAAUAGAUUUUAAUGAUAUGUUUUAUGCCAAAUCCUUUACAACUAUCAUAAAACACUGUCUUGGACAUCAGGCAACAUAUUUGUAACCAUUUCAUGUAAUACCUUUCUGUGAGGGGUGUUUUUUAAAUGCUUCAGACGUCUGGUUCCUAUCACCACCAGUGCAAACUCUUGACUCCAUAAGUUUCUCUGGGGUGGUAGAUUUCACAACAAACCACUCUGAAUGACUUUGUUUACAUCUUAUCCAUUUAAUUUUGGGAAAAAAAUUGGAGCUCACCAUUAAUCUCUUGCAAAUGUAAGCAAAUUUAGCUUCUCUUUAGAAGAUCCUGAAGAUUUUGAAGAAGGUGGUACUGUAGAUGUACACAGUAUUAUAUUACAUUUCUUUUAAAGAGUUUUAAAGCUGCAUACACUGUUUUAGAGGGCUUCUUAUUUCGUGUGAUGUCACAGUAUUCAUUAUUUGUACUCACUGUAUUGUAACGUGUCAUAGAUGUCCUGUAGGUCCGCCAUGUGCCACCUAUUCCUCCCCUGCUGCCAUUUGUUAUUAGAUGCCAUUUAUGCAACACAUGAACUCUCUCUCUCUCACACACACACACACACACACACACACACACACACACACACACACACACACACACACACACACACACACACCCACACACACACACCAGUAACGCUGCAGCUUUUUAAACACAGUACACUACAUUAGGGGAAUGUAUGAGGGGAAAAUAACUAUAGAAUUGUAUAAAUACUAUUUAAUAUGUUACCUUGUAAAUGGCAGAGACCACCCUUCAUUUACUUCCAGUCAAACCAGCCAUUAAGUACAAGGUGUUCAUUUUCAGUGUCAGGAAUAAAUACAGAAAACACAUUUACCACAAAAUUACAGAAAGCCUCAGCAACUAAAUUAAACAUUAUUUUCAGUAUUUACUGUGUCCACUCUGCCUUUAUUGCAGCUUCCAUUUGUUUCAGAAGACUUGCUUCUCAGACACUUUGUGGUGAGUCCAUUGUCAUGAGAACAUGUUCUUCUUUUUUGUAUUUCGUUUUCUCAGUAAGGGCGUCUUGAACAGCUACACAUCCUCUCAGACCCAUAAUGUUGAAUUGUCUUCUCACAGUGGAAAGAUGCAUAGAAACAUUUGUGGAUUUUUCAGAUCUGAAGCAAGAGUGCUUAAAAAAUGUAAUCUUUUUACUACCAUUUAUCUGAUAACAGUUUUGGUGGUCUACCAGGUCUUGCAAGGUUGUAAAGAGUCACGUUUAUUCUAUAUUUGAAUUUUUCCUUUGACUUUUCACUUCUUCAUACAAGUGAACAUAUCUUAUAUUGUUCUUAAUGGCUGUUUUGACUAGAAAUAAAAUAAAGGUAGUCUCUGCUUUUUUCUUUCUUUCUUUUUGGGUUUUGUGGAACGGCUCAGCAGCAGGGUCCAAAAUGAAAACACUAAUGUACUCAACUAAAGUUAAUGAGUACUUUAGACUGUUGUAAGUAUGAAAUGGACUGCCCUGCUCCUUUAAGCCCUAAACACACUCAUCUUUGUUUUGCAACCGCUUUCAUCAUAGUCUGUUUGGACAGGGGCUUAUAUUACCACGUUCUCUAUCAUAUCGAAUGAAAGUUCCCCAGUGCGAAGCCUAAAACUGUCUAUUCUUUUUAUAUGGUGUACACGCUUGAAAAAGAUGUUUUUUCACAGCUUCUUUAGUAAAGGCAGUUCUUUUUAGAACCAUUCCAUGUAUUUCAGGUUUCUAUAGCAUUCGUAUAGCAUCAAAAAGGGUUCUACUGUUAUGAUGUCAAGCUUGUAACAAUAGAAAUUUUAUUAUUUAUUUUUUUUUGGUGCUUUAUAGAACUGUUUUCAACAUUCUUCAUCUUUGCAGUCUUUCACCAUGCAAAGAACCAUUUAAGCAUGCCAGUGGUUCUGAAUGGACCUCAUGAUUCUAAAUGGAACCGUUGGCUUUGCUAAAGAACCCUUGAAGAACCAUCUUUUUUAAAAAUGUGUACUAAAGAGGUUUGUAGCUGUUGUUAGGAUGCACAAGGCUGCACCUACAAUUCCCAUGCCAAUAAUGUUAUCAUUCACACAGUGAAGUAUGUAAGUUUGUAAAUGAUAAACGGUGCAGCACACAGUUCGAGUUGGUAUUGACUGGUUUACUUCUUUGGGGGGAGGUAUUGUGGAGCGGCUCAUCAGCAAGGUUCAUAGCGAUAACACUGAUCUGCUCAUGCAGAAUGAAUGAGUGCUCUCUGAUGAACUUCCCCAGCAACAGUACUGUGCUUUUUCUUGGACGUAAGGAACAUGUCAGAUGUUUAAAACUCAUUUUUACGCUUCUGCUCUCAUCUGGCCACUUUUGAUGGUUAUCUGAAAGCUCUUUCUGUUACUAGUGCUGACGGACUAUGGGAGAGAACUGCAGAACCUGAAUUUCUGUUCCAUUAGAACGCGUGCCCUCUUCCCCUCUGUUGUACCUGCUUUUGAGUGUAAUUUGAGCGUGCUGCUCUUCAUUUUUAAUGGGAAUUAUACACCAUUUUCUUCUUUUCCUCUCCCAGUCUGCUGUAUUAGAGCUAUGCCUUAAGUCAAGCUCAAGUAGUACACCUUAUUAUUUAUUGCUGAGUGGUUUGUUUUAAUUUAUUCCAACAAAGGGGAAAGUAUGCAUUUUAUAACAUAGACACAUUUUUUCUUUUUUUUUUCUUUUUUUUUUUUUUGUUCUGCUGAUAAAUAUUAUGAUUGUAAAGAUGUGAACAGUUUCCAUACCAGUAUUUAACAAUGUUAUUGUUGUAGUGUAGCAUAUCAAUAAAUACACCUGGCACAUACA